AGUUACUACUUACUUACUCUUGUUGUCUCUUCUCACAAUCCAAACCAUCACACACAUAUUUAUAAGAAGAAACUGCAAUGAACUUCUUCUUCUACUAAAACAACAACUCUUAAUUUUCAUCAGUUAUUAUUUUAUCAAUAAAUCAUAUUAUUAAGCAUACAUAAACACAUUUCAUCUCUUAAUCUAAACACUACUAAUCUCGCGUUAAGAUCAUCUCAAAAUGUUCGUGAAGAAGCUCGUUGAGAAAGCUUCCAUAUACAACAAGCCUGGUGGAAGUUCAUUUGAUGGAUUAAAAGCUAGUGAUGUAAAUCCACGAGUUGUAUUUCAUCAAGGUAUACCAUCAGGUGGUGCCAAGUUUGCCUAUGACACCAUUCAGAAGAUACUUGCUCUUUCUACAAAGGAUGGCCGGAUUAAACUAUAUGGAAAAGAUAAUUCCCAAGCCAUGCUUGAAUCUAGUGAGCCUCUUUCUAGCAAGUUCUUACAGUUCAUCCAGAACCAAGGCAUUCUUUUAAAUGUCACUUCCAAUAAUCUUGUUGAGGUUUGGGACAUAGAGAAGAAACUGUUGUCUGAUUUAUAUAUUUCUAAAGAAGAAAUCACUAGUUUUGCAGUCAUUCAACAUAGCCUCUAUGUGUAUAUUGGACAUUCUAAUGGUAAUAUAUCAGUUUUGAAGCUUGACCAAAAUCCAUGGCAUAUGGUUCAGAUGAAAUACACCAUACCUCUCUCUGCUUCCUACGGGAAUUCUGAAGUGUCUGAUGAUACUACUGUGAUGCAUAUACUGCCUCAACCAGCAGCUGAAAGUAAGAGGGUUCUCAUAAUCUUCCGAAAUGGCCAAAUAAUAUUAUGGGAUAUUCAUGAAAGCAGAACUACAUUCAGAACUGGUGGAAAUAUGUUGCAAUCAUCAUUACAUAAUGAAACAAAGAAAGUGACUUCUGCAUGUUGGACAUGUCCUUUUGGAAGCAAAGUAGCUGUUGGUUACAACAAUGGAGAACUCUUCAUUUGGAGCAUCCCUUCUCUAAAUAUAGGAAAUGGUUCUGCAUCUUCUGAUUAUAAUAGUCAAAACACUCCUUUGCUCAAACUUAACUUGGGAUACAAGUCAGAAAAAAUUUCCAUAGGAUCAAUAAAAUGGCUUUAUGCUGGAGGAAAGGCGAGUCGACUGUAUGUCAUGGGAGCUUCUGACUAUGCUAGUUCAAACUUGUUACAGCAGGUAGUGUUGUUGAAUGAGCAUACCGAAUCACGCACGAUUAAGUUGGGACUUCUUUUGUCUGAAUGUUGUGUUGACAUGGAGAUCAUAUCAACUUCAACUGAGCAAGGAAAAUAUAAACAAGAUUCUUUCGUUUUGCUUGGAAAGUCAGGCCAUGUUUAUCUAUAUGAUGAUACUUUGAUUGAAAGGUAUCUUCUACAAUGUCAAUCUAAGUCCACACCUUCACUUCCAAAGAAUGUGAUUGUGAAGUUACCACUGACAGAUUCAAGCAUCACAACAGCAAAAUUCAUCUCCAACAAUCCUAAUGUACUUUAUACUGAAGAUGAGUACUACAAGCAGUUGGUGAAAAAUCAUCCACUUUUUGUUCCUGCUGAGACAAAUCAAAGUUCUGCCAAAUUUUCUGGAUUUUCAAAAGUCCAAAACCUGUAUAUAACUGGACACAGCAAUGGAGCUGUAAACUUUUGGGAUGCUUCAUGCCCUCAUUUCACCCCAAUUUUGCAACUAAAACAACAGAGUGAAAAUGACUUUUCAUUAAGUGGUAUACCCUUGACAUCACUGUACUUUGAUAUCAACUCUCCACUUCUUGUUUCCGGUGACCAGAGUGGAAUGGUUCGCGUCUUUAGAUUCAAACUUGAACCAUAUGUCACCAACAUCUUUAGUGGUACAAAGAAAGGGACUGACCAUAUUAUCCAAAGUGUGAAAACUGUAAAGAUUAAUGGGGCCAUAAUUUCUGUCAACAUAGAUCAUAGCUCAACCCGUCUUGCUGUUGGUUCUGAUCAAGGGCAUGUUUCAGUUUUUAACAUGGAUGGCCUAACUUUGUUAUAUCAGAAACAUAUUGCAAGUGAAAUUUCUUCUGGUGUCAUCUCUCUGCAGUUCCUAACGUGCAGUUUGCAUGGUUUUGAUAAAAACAUUUUAGCGGUUGGAACAAAAGAUUCUUCUGUCCUGGCGCUUGAUAAGGAAACUGGUAAUAUGCUGAGCACAGGAACUGUUCAUCCUAAGAAGCCAUCUAAAGCUCUAUUUAUGCAGGUGUUUGAUGGACAAGGUGAACAAUUAACAGGAUCAAUUACAAAAGAUGGAUUAUUCUUGAGUGAAGGGAAUCAUACUGAGAAUGCAACAACAAAGCAAUUGUACAUUCUUCUUUGUUCUGAGAAAGCUUUAUAUGUCUAUUCAUUAACGCAUGCUAUUCAGGGUGUUAAAAAGGUGCUUCACAAGAAGAAGUUUCAAUCCUCUUCCUGUUGUUGGGCAUCGACAUUUUACGGUCCCUUCGGUGUUGGCCUUGUACUCCUUUUUGCUGAUGGAAGAGUAGAAUUAAGGUCUUUGCCAGAGUUAUCCAUGAUUGUGGAGACAACAAUUAGAGGGUUCAUUUAUUCACCUCCAAAAUCAAAGUCAUAUUCUGACUGGCAAAUAUGUUGUUCAUCCAAAGGAGAUCUUGUUUUGGUGAAUGGAAACCAAGAAAUUUUUGCUGUCUCAUUGUUGGUCCAAAGGAAUAUUUUCAGGAUUUUGGAUUCUGUCAGCUGCAUCUACAGGAAAGAAAUGAUGCUGUCACAAGAAGAGCUUGUCCCUAGCCAAGUUAUUCAUAAGGAAAAGAAAAAGGGUAUAUUCAGCUCUGUUAUCAAAGACUUCUCUGGCAGUAAAGAAAAGCAUGUGCCCCCCAUGGAAACAGAAGAUUCUAGAGAAAGUAUCCAGGAACUCUCAGUGAUCUUUUCAAAUGAAAAUUUUCCUUGUGAUGUUGAUAAUAAUGAUAACCUGACAAUUGAUGAAGACGAGGUCGAAUUAAACAUAGAUGACAUUGACUUAGAUGAUCAUGUAGAAAAGCGCAAAGACCAUGGUAUAUUGGGAGCUCUUAAUAAGAAGAAAUUGACUGGAAAAUUUCAGGCUCUAAAAGGAAGAUUAAAAGAGAUGAAGGGAAACAUCCAGAAAACAUCAGUUAAAGAAGAGCAACAAGAAGAGCAACCUGGUACAGUCGAUCAAAUUAAGAAGAGAUAUGGGUUGUCUUCUUCCUCCAAUGAAACAAGCGUUGCAAAAUUGGCAGAAAGUAAGCUGCAAGAGAACUUGAAAAAACUACAGGGUAUCAACCUUCGAACCACAGAAAUGCAAGAGACAGCAAAAUCAUUUUCAUCAUUGGCUAAUCAAGUAUUGCGAACUGCUGAACAGCAACAAGAUAAACGAAGUUGAUAAUUGCUUUUAUUUUCUAAGAUUUACUACUUUUUGUUUAUAUUAUGUAUUUAAGGUGAUUCUGUGUUUUUUUUCUUUUUAAUACAUUUGUUUAUUGAUGAAGCUUUUCUACAUGUAUGUGAACACUGAAAAGUUUCCUGUAUUUUUUGUUGUGGAUGGAUAUUGAGUACUCGUAUACAGAGUGGAGGCAUUUGUUGAGUGAGAUUGGUUUCUUCAUUAUCUUUUUUAUUUA